AUGGACAAGCCCGAGCAUGCGAGUUCGGUGUCGAAGUCCAUGGAUCACGCCGGGCGGCAAGAGCCUGAGCGCCGUCUUUCUCUAUCCGCUGCGGGCCGUAUCUCGUUGGAUGAUGUCGAGCCUGUGGAUGUGCAGCUUCGAGACUUAGCAGUCACUGUUGAUACCUCGCCAUCCAUCCUCGAUCCCGUAACCUAUCCGGAAAUAUUCCGUAACUCGGUCGGGAAGGGUGAGAAUGGACCGACGAGCAAGUCGCUGCUUCGUUCCGUCAACGCAUCGCUGCCGUCUAGUACGUUGACGGCAAUCCUGGGGGGUUCAGGAUCAGGAAAGACCACCCUCCUCAACACCAUCGCGGAACGCAUCUUCAGCACGCGGCUUUCUCAGACGGGAACGGCUACCUUCAAUGGCUUUGAAGGGGUGCACUCCAUUCGGCAUGCCUAUGUCAUGCAACAAGACAUCUUGCUCCCGACCCUGACGGUGAGGGAGACGCUGAGAUACUCGGCCAAUCUGCGCUUGCCUCCGCCCACCACAGAGGAAGAGCGCAUGCGAAUCGUCGAAGAGGUUAUUCUGGAAUUGGGGUUGAAGGACUGCGCGGACACGAGGAUCGGAAACAGCCAGCAUCGAGGGUGCAGCGGUGGAGAGAAGCGACGGACAACGAUCGGGGUGCAACUACUUGCCAACCCCUCGGUUCUGUUUCUCGACGAGCCUACGACCGGACUUGACGCAGCUAGCGCAUACCAAGUCGUUAGGACGCUCAAGGCUUUGGCCAAUAAGGGGCGAACUAUCAUCUUUACCGUUCAUCAACCCCGAUCUGAGAUCUGGGAUCUGUUUGACAACCUCAUCCUUUUGUCCAAGGGGAGCCCCGUCUACUCGGGCCAGUUGAAGGACUGUAUGCCUUGGUUUGCGGAGAUGGGCUUCGAACUUCCACCUUUCGUUAAUCCGGCUGAGUUCUUUGUUGAUCACGCUGCUGUCGACAACCGCACGCCGGAGCUCGAGGCCGAAACCACUGAACGGGUGAACAGACUGAAGGCCGCGUGGGAUGAGAAAGCAAGCCGGGUAUUUGAGCCCCUACGGAUCGGCUCCACUGCCAAUUCGCAGGCGCCGAAGAAACCAAAGCAGGAGCAACAUGCGGGUUUCUUCCGCCAGUUACGGGUUCUGACCGACCGGACGCUGAAGGUUACCUUUCGAGACCCCAUGGGAAUGGCCGGGUCAAUAUUUGAAGCCAUCCUUAUGGCACUCAUCACAGGCUACAUAUUCUACGCCCUGCCUCGCGACCAGUCCGGCAUUAGAUCAAGACAAGCAGCGUUGUACACAUCCGUCGGUCUGCAAGGCUACCUGUUCCUCAUGUUUGAAACUUACCGUCUGACCAUCGACAUCCCUACUUUCGACCGCGAGCACAGCGAGGGGUGCGUCACACCCAUGCCCUUCAUAUUGUCGCGUCGCAUAGCUCGACUUUUCACCGAGGACGUACCGGUCCCGUUCCUUUACAGCGUCAUCUACUAUUUCAUGGUCGGGUUUGAUCCAUAUGUGGGGAAGUUCUUUACGUUUUUCUCUAUCGUUCUUCUCAAUCACUACAUUGCCGUCACGCUCGCCAUGACUGCCGUUGCUGCUGUGAGGCAUUUCCCAGGGGCUAGUCUCAUUGGUAAUCUUGCAUACACCCUGCAAUCGAUGGCAUGUGGCUUCUUUGUGCAGAGCAACACGAUCCCGGUUUACGUACGAUGGCUCAAGUAUUGCACCUACACGUACUACGCUUUCGGGGCUCUAUGUGGUAAUGAAUUUGAAGGCAGCUUCUAUGAUUGUCCCCUGGAAGGAGGCGAGUCGAAUCCGGCUUGCGUCUCGUACACCGGUGCAUACAUCAUGAAAAACCUGGGAUUUCCCAAGGAUUGGACCAUGAAGCCCAUUUUGGCCAUGGUUGGAUUCGUGAUUCUGUUCUGGGUUCUGUCUUGGGUCGGACUGGCUUUUUUGAAAGUCGAGGUGACCAUCGCACGCGCCAGAAACUCCGAUACCGACUUGUCGGCCGGUAAGGAAAAGAUGACGGCCCGGUCUAUUCAUGAGGUUCGGACAAUCGACGUUGGCCUGGACAAGUUCGCACUUGCUCUUGAUAAGAGGUCGACUAUGGGUCGAAAGCUGCCGACCAAGACGAUUCUGAAUCCCGUGACGGCCACAUUCCACGCUGGGCAGCUCAACAUCAUCAUGGGACCAUCUGGGUCUGGGAAAACCAGCCUGCUCAACGCUAUGGCUCUUCGCCUCAAGAAUUCCCUCGGCACUCAAUACCGUCCAGCUGGAAAGUUGACUUUCAACGGUGCCGUACCAUCCGACUCCGUCAUCCGAUCGGUUGUGUCUUACGUUUGUCAGGAUGAUGAUGCUCUGCUACCAUCCCUCACAGUCCGAGAGACUCUUCGGUUCGCCGCAGGACUUCGGCUACCGUCCUGGAUGAGCAAACAACAGAAAUACGAACGCGCUGAGGAGGUGUUGCUGAAUAUGGGUCUUAAGGACUGCGCAGACAACCUGGUAGGGAGUGAUCUGGUCAAGGGCAUUUCCGGUGGCGAGAAGCGGCGUGUCAGUAUCGCUGUUCAAAUCCUAACGGACCCGCGUGUGCUUCUCCUCGACGAACCAACUUCCGGUUUAGACGCAUUCACCGCCAGCAGUAUUCUGGAAGUCCUCCAUGGCUUGGCCAAGGAGGGCCGCACCUUGAUCCUGACGAUCCACCAGGCGCGAUCCGAUAUCUUCAAGCACUUCGGAAUUGUUCUGCUCCUUGCCAGGGGUGGCUCACCAGCUUACGCAGGCAAGGCGAAGGACAUGAUACGUUACUUUGGGGGUCUUGGAUAUCCCUGUCCGCAUCAUGUGAAUCCGGCUGACCACGCGUUGGACCUCAUUACUGUCGACCUUCAAGAAGAGCAGAGGGAAGCGGAGAGUCGUGAAAAGGUGGAACGACUGGUUCGGUGUUGGGCAGACACCGCGGAACAGUCGCCUGCCGAGGUCUCUCAGGCUACGGCACGGCUGUCUAACAUCGAUGAGACUGAGGAGCUGAAAAAUGAGAAGACCACCAGAAGAGUUGCCGAUGUCGAGGGAGCAACCGAUUCUUCUGCAGCACCUGAACAGAGUAGUGCUGGACACGCUGUCCAGAGCGAGAAAACAAAUCCCGAGGGUGGAGUCUUGCAAACCUCACCACCAGCAGCCCCCAUCACCCGAACAUCAUUCAACAAAAAAACCCUGGCAACCCCCGCCGAACUAGGCGCCAUGGUGCACAAACGCGCCUCUUUCUUAAUCGCCGUCCCUAUCCUCCUUCACCGUGCCAUCAUCAACUUCCGCCGGCAACCCCCGCUCCUCCUAGCCCGGACCAUGCAAGUCGUCGGCUUGGGCGUAAUCCUCACCCUCUUCUUCGCGCCCCUCCACAACGACUAUCCCAGCAUCCAGAACCGUGUCGGCUUCGUGCAAGAGAUGGGCGCAUUCUACUUCGUCGGCAUGCUCCAGAACGUCGCCGUAUAUCCCGCCGAACGCGAGGUCUUCUACCGCGAGGACGACGAUGUUGUGUACAGCGCUGAGGCCUUCCUUGCUACGUACACCAUGCUUGAAGUGCCCUUUGAGAUCAUCACCUGCCUUGUCUUUGGCGUGCUGGCUGAUCUCGCGGUCGGGUUCCCCCGGACGGUGGAAAUGUACUUCAUCUGCGCUUUCAGCUGCUUCGGAAUCGUCUCCUGUGGCGAGAGUCUGGGCAUUAUGUUCAAUACGGUAUUCAAUCACACGGGGUUUGCGGUGAAUAUCAUCAGCAUCCUCCUCAGCGUGGCGCAGAUCAUGGCCGGGGUCAUGAGUAUCGAUAUGCCCCAGCUAUUCAAGGCGUUUAAUUAUCUCAGUCCUGCAAAGUAUGCGACGGCUGCGUUCGCGCACUAUACUUUGACGGGGAUAAGGUUUACGUGUGAUAGGGAGCAGAGCCUGCCGAAUGGAGAGUGUAUCAUUGCGACGGGGGAGCAAGUGUUGGAUCUGUACAAGUUGGAUGUGAAUGGGAAGGUGAAUAUUGCCGCACUGGCGGCGACGGUAGUGGUCUAUCGGUUGGUUGCUUGGGGGCUGUUGAGGGCGGUUAGGACGAAGUGGAAGGGAAUUGGGAGGAGGAAGGAGGUGGGAUCUGGAACUGGUGAGAUGUAG